CGGGGCGGAGGCGCCAUGGGGUCGCGGAGGAUCCCCACCAGGGGCUGGGGCGCGGGCGGACGGGCCGGGACGGGGGGCGACGGCGAAGACGAAGGGCCGGUGUGGAUCCCUAGCCCCGCCAGCCGCAGCUACCUGCUGAACGUGCGGCCUGAGACCAGCUUAUCAAGCAACCAGUUGUCUCACCCCAGCUCUGGAAGGAGCACCUUCUGCUCCAUCAUUGCUCAGCUAACAGAGGAGACCCAGCCGCUAUUCGAGACCACACUCAAGUCCCGGGCUGUGUCCGAGGACAGCGACGUCAGGUUCACCUGCAUCGUCACAGGAUACCCAGAACCCGAGGUAACCUGGUACAAGGAUGAUACAGAAUUGGACCGCUACUGUGGCUUGCCAAAAUAUGAGAUCACUCAUCAGGGCAACCGCCACACACUGCAGCUGUACAGGUGUCAAGAAGAAGACGCUGCUGUCUACCAGGCCUCUGCCCGGAACAGUAAGGGUAUUGCAUCCUGCUCGGGGGUCCUGGAGGUGGGCACCAUGACUGAGUACAAGAUCCACCAGCGCUGGUUCGCCAAGCUGAAGCUCAAGGCUGCAGCAAAGCUGCGUGAGAUUGAGCAGAGCUGGAGGCACGAGAAGAAGGCAGUGGGGGAAGCCGACACCCUGCGCAAGCUCAGCCCUGACCGUUUCCAGCGAAAGCGCAGGCUGAGUGGAGCUGAAGCACCAGUCCCCUCAGCCUCUACCAGGGAGGCUGAGGGUGGGGCCCUGGCAGCCCAGCAGAAGGGAGAGACUGAGUCUGCCCAGAACGUGGGUUUGGGCCUGAUCAGCAGUUUUGCUACUGGAGAGGUGACCACAAAUGGGGAGGCUGCCCCUGAGAAUGGGGAGGAUGGUGAGCAUGGCUUGCUGACAUACAUCUGUGAUGCCAUGGAGCGGGGACCUCAGAAACCCCCCCAAAAGGAGUCUGGGGCCAAGAAGAAAAAGAAAGGUGAAGAAUCUAAGCAAGGUCUACAGAAUCCAGAGUUAGAGAAGGCUGCCCGAAGCCACUGUUCUUCAGAAAACCGUAUCCCCAGUUCCGACAAGCCUGACUCUCGCAGGACACAGGAGUCCAUGGGCAUGAAGCAGGCUCAGACCCAGUCCAGAGGCAGGGUUGCACAGGAGCCUGGAUCCUCUGGGCCAGACAGUGCCAGGGAACAAGGCUCUGCUGUGGGCAUUCAAGACAAGGUCUGGGGAGCCCCUGCUCCAGCCCCUGCCCCGGGCCCAGAUCAGGAAGGGUAUUUCUCACUGAAGGACAUGUACGUGGAGAGCACCCAGGCAGUCAGGCUUCAGGAGAACAGGGGUCCCCAGCCCCAAAGUGUUGAGGCACUUGGAGAGGACUCCUCAGGGAAGGCACUCAUCAAGGCUGCAGGUGGGGAGGUGCCUGCUGCUCCUGGCCAGCCCACCCCCUCCACAGUCACCCAAUCAACUAAGCCUUUCAACAGGAAGAGAUUUGCCCCUCCAAAGCCCAAAGCAGAGUCUACCUCUGACAGCAAGCCCAUUUCUUCCCUGAAUCAAGUUCCAGAACUUGAGGCCCAGAACUCAGGGAAGACCCCACCUCAGGCCUCUGCCCAAGUGCCAACACCUCCUGCCCGGCAGAGACACAGAACCUGGGAUAGCCCCUCUCAGGGGAAAGCAGGCCACAGGACUCCAGGAGGAGGCCUAGAGUCCCAGGCAACUGUGGCUCCUACCCUGCCUGCCAGCAGCAGCCCUAACGUAGCCUCUGUUGGCUAUAGCACCUCCAGAAGUCAAGGUGCCAUCAAAUCCAUGGAUAUGGAAACACAGGAGGAUGAGAGAACAUCUGCUGACCAGGCAGCUGGAGGCAAGAAGAAUAUGCAGGCAGCAGGGAAGGUGCAGGUGGAUGGAAGGACCCAGGGAGAGCAAGCACAGACAAGGCAGAGGAUACAGGCAGACAGCAAGGUGCGGGCAGGUGUUGUGACACAAGACAGUGAGAGGCCACAGUCAGGCAGGUGCUCACAGAAGGAUGUAGGUGUGGUGACACAGAAAAGGAUGGAGAUGCAGGGAGAAAAGCCACAAGCAGAUAAGACGAUACAGGAAGGCAGGAGGGCACAGGCAGAUGGCAGGGUGCAGGAAGACAGAUGGGCACAGGCAGAAAGGGGGACCCAAUCAGAGGGGACUGUAACCACAGCCAUGAAAGUUCGGUCAGAGCAGGAGGCCAUGACCAGCCUCAGCCCACCACGCACAGCCCCUGAACUCUCACCUUCAAAGGGUCCUCAGUCUCCUCAGAUCAUUGAGUAUUUCAUGCAGACUCCGGAAGGGUCUUGUGUCCCUGAAAAAUCUGGUUUCAUGCCCAGAUCUGAGGUGGCAGCAGCCACAGCUUCCAGGAACCAUGAGGAGAUUGUGCUGGGUCCCCUGUCAGGGAACCUCAUGCUCCCAUCACAGCUGCUUCCUGCAGGGAGCUUGGAGCAGGUGGGAGGAGGCACACAGCAAGGGCCAGACCUGUUUGGGCCGGUCACCACUGACACACACAACAGCCUAUUCCAGUACCCUAAGGAGGAGCAACCAGGGGGAGCAUCAUGCGUGGAUCUGGGUGGCUGUCCUCCAGCUGGCCUGUGUCAGGGGGUACCCACUGUGCCUCCUCCUCCUGGGACUGCCCUGACCAGUAGCCCCAAGGAGGAACUGCCCAGCACCCCAACUUCUCAGCAUAUGAGCACCGCUGCCUUCCUGCCCUCUGCAGACCAGGCCUUGCUGAGUUCCGCCUCCACACUGCAUCUGGGGCCGGAGACCCCCACCCAGAGUCACCCAUCAGAAACCAUGGCCACCAGCAACAAGGGGGCCUGUGCUAAGGUGCCAGAUGUGGAGGAGGGGACCUCAAGCUCCCGGACCUGUGACCCCGGCCUCAUAGAUUCCCUGAAGAACUACUUGCUUCUGCUGCUGAAGCUAUCUACUGCAGAGCCAAGUGGAGCAGGGACAGAGAUCCAAGCAGGUGCUGCCACUGGAAGUCUGGAGCCCUCGCUCACUCUGGUCCCCACUGUGGAAGUGGCUGGGCUGAGUCCCCGGACAUCAAGGCGCAUCCUGGACCGUGUCGAGAACAACCACUUGGUGCAAAGUGCACAGACGCUGCUGCUGAGCCCCCGCACCACUCGCCGCCUCACGGGCCUCUUGGACCGUGAGGUGCAGGCUGGCCACCAGGCCCUGGCUACUGGCCGAGGGUCCCAAGGCACUGGCCUCAGCCCCCUCGCUGUCCCUGCCAUCGUGGUAGGUGAGGAGGGCCCUGGGCUGGCCUCAGAAGAAUCCAGGCAGGAUGAGGGAGAGGUUUCCCUGGAGGGGCCUGGCCUUCUGGGGGCCUUCCAGGAGAGCAGCAUGGCGGCGCCACUGGUGAAGAAGGCAUGUGGGCAGGCAGUCUCUGGGGAGGGACUGCUCUCAGCAGAGGCCAGAGCCCAGGAACCCUCCCAAGAAGAAGAGUUCCCAGGGGAGGCUCCAACAGGUCUCCCUGCAGCUACACCUGAGGAACUGGCCCUAGGAGCACGGAGGAAGAGGUUUCUCCCUAAGGCCAGAGCAGUGGGAGAAGCGGAGGCAUCCAAGCCCGAGGAGAAGGAGAGCCCCAUGGUUUCCCCUCGGGGUUCCAGGAAAAGCCUGGCGCCUGGGUCCCCAGAGACUCCAGAGCGGGAGAGAUGCUCCCCAACCCAAGGCAGAAAGGUGGGUAUGCUGGAGGUGCCACGGACAGAAGAGGAGCCAGCAGCAAGAGGCUUGGGCCCCAGCCCCAAGGCCAGUGGUCUGGACGAAAGCAAACAGGAAGCUCUGCCCAAGCCCAGGAAAGCCAAAGACCUGCUAAAGGCCCCACAGGUGAUCCGGAAGAUUCGAGUGGAGCAGUUUCCUGAUGCCUCAGGGAGUCUGAAGCUCUGGUGCCAGUUUUUCAACAUUCUCAGUGACUCAGUCUUGACAUGGGCCAAGGACCAGCGCCCUGUGGGUGAGGUGGGCAGGAGCGCAGGGGAUGAGGGGCCGGCAGCCCUGGCCAUUGUGCAGGCGUCCCUCGUAGACUGUGGCGUGUAUCGAUGUACCAUCCACAACGAGCAUGGCUCAGCCUCCACUGACUUCUGCCUCAGCCCCGAGGCAUUGUCAGGAUUCGUCUCCAGAGAAGAAGGUGAAGUUGGAGAAGAGAUUGAGAUGACCCCCAUGGUAUUUGCUAAGGGUCUGGCUGACUCUGGCUGCUGGGGGGACAAACUCUUUGGGCGACUGGUGAGUGAGGAGCUCCGAGGGAGUGGACAUGGGGGUGGCCUCCGGAAGGCCUCCCAGGCCAAGGUCAUCUAUGGGCUGGAACCCAUCUUCGAGUCAGGCCGCACGUGCGUCAUCAAAGUGUCCAGCCUGCUUGUGUUUGGGCCCAGCAGCGAGACUUCUCUCCUGGGCAGAAACUACGAUGUCACCAUUCAGGGGUGCAAGAUCCAGAACAUGAGUCGAGAGUACUGCAGAAUCUUCGCAGCUGAAGCAAGAGCUGCACCUGGCUUUGGGGCGGUGCCUGAGAUCAUCCCACUGUACCUGAUCUACCGGCCUGCAAACAAUAUUCCAUAUGCUACCCUGGAGGAGGACCUGGGCAAGCCCCUGGAGUCUUACUGUUCCCGGGAAGGCGGCUGUGCUGGGGCUCCAGCAGCAUCUAGCAACUUUGAGGUCAUGCAGAAAUGCCAGACCUUCCAGCACUGGCUGUAUCAGUGGACAAAUGGCAGCUUCCUUGUCACAGACUUGGCAGGGGUUGACUGGAAGAUGACUGAUGUGCAGAUUGCCACCAAGUUGCGAGGAUAUCAAGGCCUCAAGGAGAGCUGUUUCCCUGCCCUGCUGGACCAGUUUGCCUCAUCCCACCAGUGCAACGCCUACUGUGAGAUGCUGGGGCUGACAGCCCUCAAGGGCCCUGAGGCUGCCUACCUGCAAACCAAGGCCAAAGGCUCUAAGAGUCCAUCUGCUGGCAGGAAGGGCACCCAGCUAAGCCCUCAGCCUCAGAAGAAAGGCCUCCCUAGUCCUCAGGGCACCCGGAAGAGCACCCUGAACUCCAAGGGCACCCCCCAGGCCUCAGAGCCAGUCGCCAUCCAAUUAUUGGGACAGCCUCCCACCCAAGAGGAGGGCUUGGAGGCCCAGGUCAGGCGGUAGCCCCACCAAGAGGCUGGGUGCCUCCACCCAGCAGCUCCCCAGUCCGGAAGCAGCUGGGACUGGACCGAGACGUUCCUAACAAAGAAGUGCAGGAGGAGGUACCACUGUGGUUCUGCACAGCCUGUCCAACAGCGCCUCAUCAGACGGCUUCAGUGCAGCCAGAGAAGGUGCACUAGGAGGCACCACUGGG